AUGUAUGUAACACGCCUCCACGAUAUGAGAGAUAAUCUAUCUAAGAGAUUACCAAAGUGUGAGAAACAAAUAGAAAAGUGGCUGAGUAUACUUGGUAUAGAAAACCUCAAUACCAAAUCUAAACACAUUUUUAUUUGUUCGCUACGUUUUGAAGAAAAAUGUUUUAAUCGAACUUUAAAUGUUACAAGGCUGCGCGAUGAUGCUUUGCCUUCAAGCGAGUUGUUGUUAUCAGCCCAAUUUAAUAAGUGUGAAGAACAAAAAUCCGUUUCUCACAUAGUACGAGAAGAGACGCCUGUCUGCAGCAUUUCUAGCUAUGUAAAUUUACCAGCCCCAUGUUACAGAAGUGAGAAGCAACAAACUGUUCCUCGCAAAGUAUUUGGAGAGAAACCUGUCUGCAGCACUUCUAACUUUAUUGAGGAUCAACAGUUUAAAAUAAUCCAAAAACUUAAGAUGAAAUGUGAAGAUCAAAGGAAAAAAAAUUAA